AUGGCAACUAAAGUGUUAUCGUCCCCUCCACACCCACAGCUAAACCCAAAUCCUCACAGUUAUCCAUCAUCUCGUCCUCUGAAAACACUCCAAGUCAAAGCCACGAGAGAUGUAACCCAGAAGCAGAAGCAGCCAUGGCGGCUGCUGAGUCAAGUUUCCUCAAGAACAAGAGCCAACAAGAAGAGACAGCUGCAGGUUGUUGGUGCCUUGAGCUCCUCCCUCCACGACUGCGAGUCUCUUGUUACUUCCUCUCUACUAGUCUUACUGCAGGAACCACCAUCAUCUUCAUCAUCAUCAUUGUUUGUGGUUGCUGCAGACAGCGUGGGUUAUUCCGUGGCCAGUUACUACACUUCCUUGGGUCUAUUCGUCCUCUCUGUUCCAGGCCUUUGGUCCCUCAUCAAACGUUCUGUUAAAUCCAAGGUUGUGCAGAAGACAUUUAUAGGCGAAGAGAAGAAGGCACCGAGUCAGGUCGCAGGUGAAAUUUUGUCAUUCUUCACUCGCAACAAUUUUGUGGUCACUGAUAGAGGAGAGACCAUCACGUUUGAAGGCAUGAUGGUUCCAAGUCGAGGCCAAGCUGCAUUGCUUACUUUCUGCACCUGCAUCAGCCUGGCAAGCGUAGCUCUUGUCCUUACAAUAACUGUUCCAGAUGUCGGCAAUAAUUGGUUUUGGAUCACCACCUUAAGUCCCUUGGCGGGAGCAUAUUACUGGAAACGGGCAUCCAGAAAGGAGCAGAUCAAGGUCAAAAUGAUGGUCAUAGAUGAUGACAGUGCACAGUCAGAGAUCAUCGUUCAAGGGGAUGACCAGCAAGUAGAGCAAAUGAGAAAGGAGCUUCAGCUCAGUGAGAAAGGCAUGGUGUAUGUUAAGGGCAUAUUCGAGAGAUAA